AUGACAGCAUCUGGGACUACAACCGCUGCGGCCGAAGCCACACUUGAACCUGGGCCAGGGGCGCCAGAAGCUCCCCCCAAGAAAAAGGGAAGGACCAACACUCCGUGGACUGCGGAGGAAGAGCAGCGGCUAAAGACAAUGCGCGAUGCUGGUCGCAGCUGGAGUGAGAUUGCUAAGACAUUUCCGAAUCGAACUGAGGGGAGUGUUAAAAAGCACUGGUAUAAGGAUAUGCACUAUGCCGAAUUUGAUGAAGACGAGUCCAUAGCGCUCCGCGAGGCAAUCAAGGAAUAUGAGGCGAGCAAAUGGAAAGUCAUCGGACAAAAAGUUGGAAAACCGGCCAAGGCAUGUGAACAGUAUGCGAAAGAGCACUUUAAGGACCUCUAG